AGGUGAGAUUCAGCGUGCUUUCGAUCCUGUCCUAGACAAGAUAUUUGCCAUGGUUCAAGAGCAGGAGGCUGCGGUGACUUGGAAGAAGGAACAUGGUCCAAAGUAUGUCAUUCUUGUUGGUGGCUUUGGGCGUUCACGAUAUCUCUUUUCUCAUCUCAAGAAGAAGCUUGGAGAUAAGAUUGAGAUACUUCAAUCUCGCGGCGCCAGCCCCUGGACUGCCAUCUGCUGCGGAGCUGUAAUCCAAAGCAUUAGCUCCAAAGGCCGUUCGAAUCUGUCUAUUGAUGUCCAGGGGCGGAUCUCCAGAGCCAGCUGUGGUGUUCGUUACUCUGCCACCUGGGACCCCAAAGUCCAUGAUGCAUCUCUGAGGUACUUUUGCCACUACGACGCCGGGUGGAGAGCAAAGGGCCGGAUGUGCUGGUAUUUGAAUCAGAAGGGCGACCUCGUGAAUUCAGACAAACGUAUCACAAGUUCCUACCUACGUCAUUUUGACACAAACGACGACCAGAAACAGACCAUUGUGGAGGCUAUCUACUGCACAACUGCCUCACAGCCACCCAAAGUCUGGAAUGAUCAAGUCAAGACGCUCUACACGGUGAAGUGGGAAACGAAGAUCUACCUGACCACCCUUCCAACAUUCACCAACCCCGUGGGUAAGGUUAUCUACAUCCUCAAGUACGGUAUCGAGAUGACGGUUGCUGGGGGUAUUCUGGACUUUGCUGUUUAA